GCCCGUCGAGCUGCCUAAAAUCUUUGUCGUAUUUGUUUUGUGUUUACACUUCAGUGUUUUUGUGAUAGUAGUAAGUGGAGGAGGGAUACGUGAGUUACGUCAGUUGCAAAAACACACACAUACUAAUUUCAGUUUUCGGGUGGGGUGCAGUGUUUCUGAGUUUUGAGUCAUGGACUGGAGAGUCCCAUAUAAUCACGUGCCAGGAGACCCACAGUCAGCACCAUUUCCAGAGCAAGGCAUGAUACAUCCCCCACGUGUGCGCAGGUCAAGAGGAUGUAAAAGUCGUCAGAAGCUAAAAGCAAGAAAGUUGCAAGAACACCUACUUAAGGAGGAAAUGUAUCAAAGCCGGGUGCUUACUCAAGUCCAAGUCAUCCCAGAGUCGACUGUGGAGAGUGGGCCACUGUUAUACAAUACCACAGCCCCAGUCCCAGCAGGACAACGUGUAGUGCAGCAGCAGCAGCAGCAGCAGGAGCUGCCACCACCGAUGGUACAGCAACCCAUGGCGCAGCCCACUGUGGCGCAGUCGCCCGUGGCGCAGCUGCCCUUGGUGCAACAGAGCCACUACCAGUCCCUGACAACAGGUGCCGCGCCAGCCCAGGCAGUACCACAAGUGUCGGACGUGCACACAAAGGAGGGAAUUUCGGAAGAGUUUUUGGAACUGAAUAGCUCAAAUGCAGCAACGAUGGUGGCACUUAAUAGUGAUAUUCUCCUAGGAAGUUCUGCCAGCCAGUGGCAUCAAAUCACUAUCAAAACUCCUGUUCAAGGAAGCAAGAGAAAAUAUGUUCUCAUGGCUAUUAACAGAAGAAUAUCGCCGUUGAAAAUUAAUCCUUAUUUUUUUCGUAUGGAAAAUAACCGCAUAACGUUCUUUGUGAACAUGUGUAGUUUGGCAUUGAAAACACUUUGCAGGCAAGACCUUAAAGUGCCGUACAUCUCCGACAAAUUUGUGGAGAUUGAAAUGACAAUCAAACUGUUUAGUAAAAAUUUCAACCUAUCAGAAGCUCUGAAAGAAAUUAUUUCCAGAAGGCUGGACAGUCAGAAAAAGUUCUUGGAUCUCUCUUGUAUAAAUGAUAUUCCUGAGGUCGAGGAAAUGCUGUACGACCCGAGUGAGAACUGGCACAUCCUGGACCAGAUGCUGAGGGUCGCAGAGGUCGCGGCACCAGAGCUCAUCGCCCUCGGGCUCGCAGGGAACGGGAUCACUUCACUGACUGCCUUGUGGGAGUUUCUGGCCCAUACCAAGUGGAAGUCUCUGCGAACUCUGGAUUUGUCGGACAAUAAGAUAAAGAGCACUGGUUCAGUUUCACUACCUCGCACUUUGCAAAUCUCGGAAGUAUACUUGGAUCGUAAUCCGAUAUGUCAAAUGCAUAACAAGGGUCCCUAUAUUAGUGCCAUCAAGACGACUUUUCCCCGUCUUGCAAAAUUGGAUGGGACUUACCUACACACGUCAGCAUGCAUACCUUAUUGGAAGCCGAAUUUCAUUGUGAAUGGUGCUGGUGAUCCGGGUGAAUUUGCUGACCAGUUCAUCGAGCACUUUUUCACACUCUACGAUGACAGCGAUCGAAUGAAACUCCGUGGAUUGUACCACAAGAAUGCUUACUUCUCAUUGAGCUGUUUGUGUUUGGAUGCACAAAUGACAACUCCAAAUGCAAGAUUGUCUGCUUACUUGGGUCAGUCCCGAAAUCUGUUACGUUGCUCCAACAUGAAAAAGGUGAGGGCUGCACUAACGCAAGGCUCAGAGGAGAUCCUCGAAAGAUUAUCAAACCUACCCAAUACGCAGCAUGAUCCCUACACCUUCACUGUGGAUCUUACAGUGCACACGCCGAAGUUCACCAUACUGACAGUGACAGGUGUCUUCUGUGACAUAACCAAGGAGAAAAGUUCUCACAGACAUUUCACACGCACUUUUCUCCUUAAGGGUCAAGAAAAUGAAGAAUAUCAAAUUACUAAUGAUAUCUUGUAUAUCUCAAAUGCAAGUACACGAGAGGCAGAGGAGGCAUUCAGGUUUGUAAGACCAUCUAAAAAAAUAAAGAAAAACCGAUGGAUGCCUAAUUUGUCAGAAUGUGAGAAGGAGUCCAUGGCCGAAAUGGUUCAGCAACUGACUAGUAUGUCAGCUCCAUGGUCACGAAAAUGCCUGGAGGAUACUGAUUGGGAUUUGAAGGAAGCCCUCGAAAUUUUUGUGGAACUUUAUGAGACGAGCAAAAUUCCAAAAUCAGCAUUCAUCAACUCAAUAUAAGACAGAAAAUUACUCAGCUCUACAAAAAAAAUCAUAGUGCUGUGUGCAUGUGUUGUUGACUAUACAACGAAAGCAAGUACCUGUAAAUAAACAUUGUUGUGACUGUGAGUGGCAUGCAGAAAUUUGGGUGUUGGGUGGCAGUUAUGUGUGGCAUACACACUCUAAAUACAACCAUUCCAGUGUGGGUUUUACACUAAGCUGUCUGUAUGCUUGUAAUUUUCAAUAAUGGGUAAAUUAGGAAAAAGAGGUGCACACUUGGUCUGUAAUGGUGAGUCCUUAAGAUACAACUCUUUAGGAAAACAUAAUUUCACAAAUCUGGCAUGUAAUGUGGAAGUGGCAAGUGUGAACAUUGAUCGGUUCUUUUACUCACAUUCCUAGUAUAUGAAUGUGUGUGUAACAUAUUCCAGUGUUCUCAUCUCAAGUUUGUAAGAAUAUAUUUGGGAAAUCCUUUUAAAAAAAUUGCUUUCCCAGUUUUCUUUAGUUAUGUUUGUGCUGUACUCACGGAGCAGAGAGAUAAUUUUGCGAAUAAAGUUCACUUAACACCAAUGAACCGAAACACUGACCACUGUCCUGCAUGAAAUCAAAUACUGCCUGGUGGUGGUGCAGACACAUGACAUGGUAAGAAAUGUACAAAGUGUAUAUAAGGCGUGAUCAGAAAGCAAUGGGAAUUUUUUUUUUUCUUACAGAAUCUUUAUUUAUUCGUGAACAUCAACAUUGUCUCUUUGAAGGUAAACCUCCUCAGAUACAAUACACUUGUAGCAGCACUUUUAUCAAUCCUGGAAGCACUUCAGGAACUCACUUUUUGUUAUGGUGUUUAGCUGCUUCAGUGAUUGUGUUUUUGUCUCAUCAAUAGUGGCAAAAUGAUGUCCUGUUAUGGUUCUUUUCAGCCUCAGGAAUAGAAAGAAGUCACAAGGAACCAUGUCUGGCAAAUGCAGUGGCUAAAGCAAUGUAACAGUUUUGUUUUCUUCCAAGAAAAUCAUAAACAAACAUUGAGGUGUGAAUGGGAGCAUUACUGUGAUGUAAUUUCCUCAAAUUGUUUUGCAAAAUUCUCAUUGUUUUUUUUAAAUUGCUACAAGCAAAUGGCACAUAACUUGCACAUAGUAUUCCUUAUUGAUCAUACAGCCAUAAGACAGUAACUCCUGAUGCACUGUCCAUUUGUAAUGGAAGAAAACUGUGAAGAGAACGUUCACAUGUGAUCGAACUUGUCGAAUUGUUUUCAGUCUUGGCUCUUCGGGCAGUUUCCAUUGGCACAACUGAGCCUCGAUUUAGGUGUCACACCUCUACAGCCAUGUUUAGUCACCAGUUAUAGCCUUUGUUAGUUCUGGAUCAUUGUCAGACUCAUUGACCAAGUCCUGAGCAAUGUCUAUGCAACAUUGUUUUUGGUCAAAAUUCAACAAUUUCACAAAAAAAACUUUGCUCUACAUGUUUCAUGCCCAAAAAAUCUUAAAAAUUGCUUUACAUGAGUCAAAGGAUAUGCCGACAUCAUCAGCAACCUCUCUGAUUGUGAUUUUCCAGAAUAUUCUUUACUUUGUCCAUAUUGUCACCAGUAAUUGAAGUGUUAGGGCGUCCAGGCUGAUCGUUGCCUUCAACGUCAUUUCGACCCUCUUUGAAAUGUUUAUACCACCUGUAAACUAUUGUCUUACUCGUAGUAGAUUUGCCAAAAGCCACAGUCAACAUUUUGAAUGUGGCCUUGCAGUUUAUUCCUUUUUUCGAGCAAAUUGUACUGCAAGUUUUAGAUGUACUAAUGCAAUAGCCCCAAACUUAAAAAUCUUAUACAGCUGCUCACUUGACAAAAGAUCCAUACUCAAAGACUAGAAAGUUGCACAGAUCACACCAAUAUUCAAAUAAGCUAAUAGGAAUAAUCUGCUAAAUUACAGGCCCAUAUCAUUAAUUUCGAUAUGCAGUAGAAUUUUGGAACAUAUAUUGUGUGUUCAAACACUAUGAAUUAACUCAAAGAAAACAGUCUAUUGACACAAAGUCAGCACAGAUUUAGGAAAUAUUGUUCUUAUGAAACACAACUAGCUCUUUACACACAUGAAGUUUUGAGUGCUAUUGACAAGGGAUUUAAAAUUGAUUCCGUAUUUCUACUUUUGACACUGUACCACAAAAGUGGCUUGUAGUGAAAUAAUGUGCUUAUGGAGUAUUGUCUCAGUUAUGUGACCUGAUUCAUGAUUUGCUCUAAGAGUGGUCACAGUUCAUAUUAAUUGGCAGAAAGUCAUAGAAUAAAACAGAAGUUAUUUCAGGUGUUUCCCAAGGUAGUGUUAUAGACCCUCUGAUGUUUUUUAUCUAUAUAAAUGAUUUAGGAAAAAUCUGAGCAGCCAUCUCAGGUUGCUUGCAGAUGGUGGUGGUAGUUGUUGGGAUGUUUAAGGGGGACUAAACAGCUAAGGUAAUCAGUCCCUGCUUGCAGAUGAUACUACUAACGAUUAUCAUCUAGUAUAUUUGCAGAUGAUACUAUUGAUUAUCAUCUAGUAAAGUCAUCAGGCGAUCAAAACAAAUUGCAAAAUGAUUUAUAAAAGAUAUGUGUAUGCAACUGACCCUAAAUAAUGAAAAGUGUGAGGUCAUCCACAUGAAUGCUAAGAGUACUCUGUUAAACUUCCGGUUGCACGAUAAAUCGGUCAAAUGUAAAGGUAAUAAAUUCAACUAAAUACCUAGGGAUUACGCUUAUGAACAACUUAAAUAGGAAAGAACACAUACAAAAUGUUGUGGGGAAGGCAAACCAAAGACUGCGUUUUCUUGGCAGAACACUUAGAAAAUGUUACAGAUCUAAAGAGAUUGCCUCCACUACACUUGUCAGUUCUCUUUUAGAGUACUGCUGCAGGGUCUGAGAUCCUUACCAGAUAGGAUUAAUGGAGGACAUCGAGAAAGUUCAAAGAAGAGCAGCACAUUUUGUAUUAUCGCGAAAUAAGGGAGAGAAUGUCACUGACGUGAUAGAGUGUUUGGGCUCGACAUCAUUAAAACAAAGAUGUUUUUUGUUAUGUUGGAAUCUUCUCACAAAAUUUCAAUCACCAACUUUGUCCUCCGAAUGCAAAAAAAUUUUGCUGAUGCCAACCUACAUAGGGAGAAACAAUCAUUGUAAUAAAAUAAGAGAAAUCAGAGAUCACACAGAAAGAUAGAGGGGUUCCUCACCCCUCUUCUUCUUCUUCUUCUUCUUCUUCUUCUUCUUCCGGCGCACUGCUCGAGAUUGGAAUAAUAGAGAAUUAGUGUGAAGGUGGUUCUAUGAACCCUCUGCCGCGAACUUAAGUGUCAUUUGCAGGUAAUUGAUGUAGAUGUAGAUGCAGAUCCAUCUUUUUCGAAAGUAAAAGUUCGCUGGGCACUCAAAAGUACAUAUAACCUUUUUAACUGACAACAAUAAACUGAAAAUUCAAAACAGCUGAAAAUGCAUAGAUACAUCAGGAACACAUGUAGCAACAAGAUAAAAAAGAAUUUGAAAAUAGGAUGUAUAAAGCCUGUGAAAUUAAAAGAUUCCCAUUGCUUUUUGAUCAUAUCUUGUAAGUGGAACAGAGCUGAAUGGGGAGAUAUACACACAUAAGCAACUUUAACAAAGCACAGGUUGUUAUGGCCAGGCACCUUCUAAUGAGCGUAACAGAAACAGAAAAGCUGUUUGCUUGCUACUGUUGUGAGCCUGUGUGGACAGUGGUUGAAUGACAGUGAAAUGAGGAGUAGGUGAAAAACUGUAGGAUGUGUGUGCCCCAUUUCAGAACGUGGAGGUCAGAAGUUUGCCCACCUCUGUAAAACAGGACAGGCUGCAAUCUGUGGGAGAUCUGAUGAUCGAGUUCAGUGCUGGAGCAGGCACAAGUGGUUCGGAACAUUCUGUUCAGUGCACAUUGUCAAAUAUGAACCUCUGCAGCAGACGACGUCUCCAUAUUUACCUGAUGAUUACAGUGGGAACGGGCCAUCAAGAUUGAACAGUUGUAAACAAAAGCUUUUUAUUUCCAGACAGAGAGCGCAGUACCGAUGUGUAAGAUUUUAGACUAGCUGGUCAAAUAAUACCUGGACCAUAAACCGAUAAACAUUCUAAGACAAAAAGGAAAGAAACGCACCAUGAAAGAAUUAUCUGAAUGGGGUGGAAAUUGGUAAAAGUGAUGUUCAUGUACAGACAAACAAACAAUUACAAUUUCAGAAAAAUUUGAUGAUUUAUUUUGUAGGGAGAACAUCACAAACCAACAAGUCAAUAAUGUAUUGGCCCACAUCUUACCCUUAUGCAAGCAGUUAUUUUGGCUUGGCUUUGAUUGGCAGAGUUGGUUGAUGUCCUCCUGAGGGUUAUAGUGUCAAAUUCUGUCCAAUUGACAUGUCAGACCAUCAAAAUCCUGAGGUGGUUGGAGGGCCCUGCCCUUAAUGCUCAGAAAGUUCUCAUUGGAGAAGGACCUGUUGUCCUUGCUGACCAAGAAAGUGUUUGGCAAGCAUGAAGACGAGCAGUAAAAUCUCUCACUGUGUUAGACAGGCAUUAUUUGCUGAAAUAUAAGCCCAGGGUGGCUUGCCAGGAAGGGCAGCAAAAUAUGGUGUAGAAUCUCGUCAACAUACUACUGUGCUAUAAAAGUGCUACGGGUGAUAACCAAAGGUGUCCUGCUACUGUGCACCCAGACCAUCAUUCCUUGUUGUCAUCUCCAGACACAUCUGCGCUGGUCAUCAGGGCUCAGUUCGAACGGGGCUCAUCACUGAAGACAAUUCUCCUUUAGUCAAUGGGAUUCCAGGCCGAAGACUAUCUGGAGAUGCCCUGGAUAAUGGUGAGGUACCAACCUCACUGUUGCCUGCCAUACAUUUCUUUCCAUUGCAGGACACCUGUGGUUGUCACCCGGGGGACAAUAUUCUGUGCCCCAUUUUGUUGUCAUUCAUGGCAAGCUAUCCUAGGCUUAUAUUCCAGGAAGACAAUGCCUGUCUACACAGGGUGGGAGUUUCCACUGCAUGUCUUUGAACUUGCUAAGCCCUGCCUUGGCCAGAUUUCUCCCUAAUUAGACAUGGGCAAAACUGUUCUUUUUCAGAGGUUGGAUCAGAACUGGCCAUUCACUGGAAUGAAAUAGUUCUGGGUACAUUGCCUUUUUAAUUCAGUAUUUUUUAUCUGAUUUGGCCGUAUUUUGAAAGAACAUAUAAAGAGGAGCAAUAACUGUGUUACAUCCCUAGUAAUUUUCAGAUACAACAGUUUUAAAAUCCAUCUGCUGCAAAAGUUAUAAAUAUUAAAACAAAAUAAUAAAUAUUUUUUAUCAAGUGGAAAAAUUUUAAGAAUGAAGACUGAUUCUUGUUAUAUUUUGAUAUUUUUACUGGAAAAAAUACUAUAUAAGCAUUAUAACAACUGUAAUUGAAGUGUAUCUGCAUUUUCCUGGUUGUGACUUGCUAGAAGUUGACUAAUAGUUUCACUGUACUCCUGCCAGAUUGAAGAAGUCUCCUGUGUAAUGGUGGUAACUGGUUGAGACAUGAAAUCUGUUUUUUCUUACUGAACAACCAACACUUUCAUUUCUGCAACAGCCAUCAUGUUGAAGUUCUGAAAUGUUUUGUCAUCUGAAAAUCCUUGCCUUUGAAUCGGGAGUCAAGUAAUGUUGCCUGGCUGACCACUUCGUUGCUGGAAAUAACACCAAACCACUCUGGUAACCCUUAAGUAAAUUAUCAACCAGUGAGUUUGUUUCUUGAGGAUACUCUUUUUUUGUUGCUAUUUCAUUAAUCUUGGCAAGAUAUUCAUUAUUGAAACUGAGACUGUUUCUUGUGAGGGCACCUCUUCGGUUACGUCAUCAAAAAUGUUCAGAAUCUGUAAACCCUGUUGCAUUAUCUCCGAGCCCGUAUCUUUUAAGUUUAAGGUGACAGAUUUUCCACCUAAAAUAGCGAGGUAAGACAUUAUGAGAUUUUUAUUUAAAGUGAAUCUUUUCAACAUUUUGUAAGUAGCUCCAUCUGGUUGGUGACAUCUUGUUUUAAUUUCAGUUAGUCUUUUUUUUUUAAUUUUCUUACAUUUCAGAAAGUUUGCUUGAAGCAAAGGGUUUCUCCAUAAGAAACACAAAAACUCAUUUGAACUCAUCAACAGGCGUCUGUAUGGACUUCUGAAUUUGUGUUGUGCACUGGGAUUUAAAGAAUGUGCAAAGCAUGGGUUAUAUGUAAAUUUAAAAGCAUGGCAGUGAAUUUUAUAUUUCACACAUUUUCUGUUAUUAUGGAAGUGAUUUUAAAAUUGAUAGGCCUAUUGUGUUUGGAUAACAGGUAUUAUCCAGUUUGAGAUGUUUUCUGCAAUCUGUCUGUCUUCGAAUUAUGAGAACUCUAAAAGGUAUGACUUUAGUUCACGCUUCUCAAACUAACGUUACUUGCACUCAUCCAUACAUCAGAUGUACAGCAGACUACCUUUUCGGUAGCCAAAAAUUUUUAAUUUACACUGUAAAUCAUUUUUUAAAACUGUACAUCUAAUGGCAUACAUUUACUUAAUGUGAACGGCUUUAUAAUAUUUAAAAAAAUACUUAUUGGUUAUUGUAAAUGAAAAGCACUUGAGGGUGAGGGCUCCACAAAGGAGAUAAAUCAGGACUUGGUCCAGAAACUGACAACACUGAUUGGCUGGAUAGUGCUUGAGACUCAGUUUGCCUUAUUGGGAGGAUACCUUCACCCGAGGUGGAAGCAGUGAGGGAGGAUAAUUCACGAGAAAUAAUUUCUCGAAUUUCUGCAUCUAUUGAUGACAAUUUCGAUGAGGUUUGUGACGACCCACAUUGUUCCAGGGGUACUGAAGAAUAUCUCGAUUUUAUAUGACUCUUCAGGUUUGAUGACGAGCCAGAUGCCAUGACAAUUAUCUGCUGACAGUUAGGGGCAUUUUCCUUUUUCUUCCAUUUUUUUAAAAUGGUACUCAACAUCUCAUAAUUCUUCUAGGCGAAGGCAAUGUGGAUAACAUAUUGUUGUGUAGCACUGAAAGUACACUGGUAAAGGUAAAACAUUUGCUAUUAACGUAGCCAUUCUACAUUGUAAAAGCUUAAAGUAAGAACAAAUAUACAUGCAGCACAUACUAUAAUCAGAAGUUAUAGAGUAGGAUGUAGGAAUUUGUGAUCUGCGGAACCUAGACCGACAGUCGUGAAGUUUGUAUCAUAGACAAAAAGGUCUGAAACAAUCGUGGUGAUUAAGAAAUUCGUGAAGACAAGCCUGACAAUAUUCGAGGAUUUCACUGCAGGAUAAAAAUUUUGAAUCGUGAGAUACCCGAAUUUGGGCUACACAGCAUGUGAACAAGUGAUGACAGGACAAUAGUGCAGAUAAAGACUGGAGAGAAACAGUGCAAAUGAACUCUAAAGUCCGUGCUUUAGGGACUAUGUUGUCCUCUCGUGCACAGCCAUUAUUUCUACCAGUGUGUUUGUAUUUUUACUGUAGAACAUAGUUGGCCAUCACUUUCAACUCAUUUCAACAAAUUCCACCAUAUAUUUCAGAAUAUCAACAAUCAUGUCUUUCUUCUAAUGAACUUGGCUCAAGCCAAGUGUUCUCUCCAGUUCGCCGGCCGCGGUGGUCGUGCGGUUCUAGGUGGUUGUGCGGUUCUAGCGCUGCAGUCCGGAACCGCGGGACUGCUAUGGUUGCAGGUUCGAAUCCUGCCACGGGCAUGGAUGUGUGUGACAUCCUUAGGUUAGUUAGGUUUAAGUAGUUCUAAGUUCUAGGGGACUGAUGACCUAAGAUGUUAAGUCCCAUAGUGCUCAGAGCCAUUUGAACUAUUUUUCUCUCCAGUUCGCUAAUAUAGACUCAACUGUCCUAAGGCAUCACAGAAGUAACAGAUGAAAAGGUGGAGUAAUGGCAUACAAACACUUUGACUUAUUACUGACCAUGUUACUCGCAUCCAAUACUAAUGAAGACAAACAAGACAAAUACAUGCUUGUCAAUAUCAAAUCCCACUAUAUAUAUAUAUAUAUAUAUAUAUAUAUAUAUUAAAAAAAAAUUGCCUAAUCUGCGUCCUCUAAAGAUC